CUGUGGGCUUGGUCAGAAGAUUAGCUUGGCUCUUGUCAGAAGGAAGGAGAGGAGAAAGAAUAGAGGAAGAAAUGAAGAUUCCACAAGGACUGAAGUAGGACUGAGUCUGGAGGGAGCUGGUCACGUGCGUGGCAGCUGUGUUAGUGACCAUAGUAGAAGUUCAUGAGAAUGUCAUUUGGUAAGCUGCAACAGCCAUGGCAGUUGAAUUUGGGGACCAUAGCAGCGGCUUCCGCCAUACUGAAGUAAUCAGAUUCAUUAAUAAUGAAGUCCUUAUGAAUGGAGGGGGUCCUGAAUUCUAUACAUCCUUUCGCUCUCGGUCUUGGAAUGAGAUAGAAGAUCAGCUUCUUACCAUCCUUGUCGACCCCAAAGUGUCACGCUCCCUCAAGAGGGCUUGUACCUGGAGCGCUUUGGCUUUAAGUGUGAGAGUGGCUGCCAGGCAGCGCGAGCAGCAGGCACGCCGAGUUUCGAAACUGCAGGACCAGUUGGGAGAGCAUGAGUCAGCUUCCUGGACUCUGGUCUCUGAACUACAGAGGUUGCGAGAAGAGAGGGACCAGGCAGCUGCUCAACUUCUGUCUACACAGAUGGCUCUCCAGGAGGCAAUGGAUGAGCGAGAAAUACUUCGUGGGAGGCUGCUCCAAGCAGAGAGGUCUGCAUUGGCUGUUGUGCCUGAACCUAGAACGGAAUACUGUAGAUCAUCACUGUGGUCGUCUGAGGAAGAGCUGGAAUUUAUAGAGUCCCAGAACAUGUCCCAUUUGGCGGCCCAGAUGCCAAUCUUGUCUUGCCUGCCUCAACUUCCAAGUCCUUGGAUCCAAGCAGCGCAUUCCUUUCUUCAAAUGCCUGUGCCACAUCCACUACCACUCAAUGAACCAUUCUCCUUGGGAUUCCUACAUUCAACACCUGUAUCAUGUCCAGUAUUAAUGGACUCAGAAACAACAGCAACAGACAUGACCACAGGUAUACCUCAGAUAAGUUCUUCAGGAAUCCAACCACCUGGCUUGCAGGUUACAUUGGAGCCCCAAGAAACAAUAGCUCCUGCUUGGGACCAAAUCUGCCAUAGGCAGAAUGAAUGUUCUGAGAUCCUCCAGGACGUAAAUCACCUUGCAGACGGCAUAAGCCACAGUGAAGAAGAAGGUCCAGAGAAACCUCAAGGAACAUCUCUCCAUGGGGACAGCAGCAACAACAGCCACAAGGAAAAUCAUGCCCUACCCCAGAUAAUGGCUGCCACUGAGAAGAAAAAUCUAGUGAUGCACCAGGAAACAGCUGCAGUGGAGGUCAACAGUAAACACAGCAUAAAGGAAGAAUCAUUAAUGCCUCAAGGGAUAGCUGCCCAGGGGAACAAACCCAGCCCCAUCCAGAAGAAAUGUCCAGGAAUUCCCCAAAGGGUGGCUGGACUGGAAGAGAGCAUCAGCCAUAGUACCAAAUGUGUUUCGGUAACUCCCCACGAGACAGAUACUCAAGUGAAGAGAACCACCCUUACCCUGAAAAAAUAUCCAGGGAUUCUCUUGAGGAAGCCUAACCUGGGAAACGCAGUUAUCUGUAGCCCUAAAGAGGAUAGAAAGACACUGCAGAGGGAGACUGACUUGAAAGAAGGAACCAGGAAUUGCCAGAAAGAAGACACUUUUCAACAGAUAAUAGGCCUGGCUGCUGGUGGGAGUCCUAAUGAGAAGAAAAUGCCACAAGGGACUCGUAAGAGCCAGCGCCAGAAAGAAGAGCCAAACAUGUUCCAAGCAAUCCACCUGGGAAAAUGUAAAAGUUAUUUUAUGAAUAAAUGCCCUAAAAACCAACUGGCUCCAAAGCAAAAGGUCAAGCAACCUCAAGGGAUAAAAGCUUUAGAAUCCAAGCAACGUCAAGGGAAAAAAGUCUCUGAAGCCAAGCAACAGGAAAAACCUCUCUCACACCGUACUUCAGUCAAUUGGGUCUGUUCAUCAUGUAAAGGUGUGAAUCGCUCAUGGUACAAGGGUGGCUAUAAAUGUGCAAAAAACAAGUGCUCAACUUGAAAGAAACGAUUUUGACCCAUAACAAACUCUUUGAUUUCAGGAAGGUAAGCAAUGGAAACACUCCAAAGAGAAUACCAACUUAAAAAUCCACCCCUUCUUCUGAUCCAACUGUAACUUUAAAGCAAAAUUAAAUUCAAAAAAGUAC